CCUCGAUAAAGCCGCCAGUUCGGUACGGGCAAAAGGUGUGCACGCGCGCGCGAAGGUUCCGUUUCACUUGCAUUCAAUUACGUGCUCGAUCUCUAAUUAUGGAUAAUACGGUUAUUGCGACCACGAAUGGCGAACAAAAGACUACGCGACGACCUCGUCCGCUAAUUAGUCGAGCUUGGUCCGAAAAUUUCGACGACGUCGAGGUGCCCGGCACGCCGAAAACGCCGAGAACGUCGACGACGCCAGGUCACGAAAAAUGCACAUUCCACCACGACUUGGAGUUGGACCACAACCCGCCGACACGCGAGGCGAUGCUCCCGGAGAUGUCUCGCUCGUACAGGCUACUUCUCUCCUCGCUGGGCGAAAAUCCCGAACGCCAGGGCCUGCUGAAGACCCCCGAAAGGGCCGCCAAAGCGAUGCUGUUCUUCACAAAGGGCUACGAUCAAAGUCUGGAGGAAGUGCUUAACGACGCCAUCUUUGAUGAGGAUCACGACGAAAUGGUCGUUGUGAAAGACAUCGAGAUGUUCUCGAUGUGCGAGCACCACCUCGUCCCCUUCUACGGCAAGGUCUCCAUCGGCUACCUGCCCUGCGGGAAAAUCUUGGGUCUCAGCAAGCUGGCCCGAAUCGUCGAGAUCUACUCCAGAAGACUGCAGGUGCAGGAGCGACUGACGAAACAGAUCGCCGUCGCCGUAACCAAAGCCGUACAGCCGGCCGGUGUCGCCGUGGUCGUCGAGGGAGUGCACAUGUGCAUGGUCAUGCGAGGCGUGCAGAAGAUCAACAGCAAAACGGUCACCUCCACGAUGCUGGGCGUUUUCCGAGACGAUCCCAAAACGAGAGAGGAAUUUCUAAACUUGGUACACACAAAGUAAACGAGUGCCGCCCGUUUUACCAUGACCUAAAUCAAAAAAUGGACCACGCUUUUUCAUGUACUGUAUGUUUAAAGGUAUUAUACACCAUAAGAAUAAUUUGAUAUCUUUUACAAACAUAUUGGCCAAAUCUAGUGUGUUCAAAUAUAAUUAUAUUUUGAGAAUA